UGAACCAGCAAAGACAUGAAGCUUGCGACGUUGUUCUUCCUGGUCCAUUUGACAGGAUUUCCUGUACCAGGUAAACCAGCACUUACAUUCGUCGUCAAAUUUGUUGCUGAACAACUGCUGUCCUUUGCCUUCGACCAACUUCUAAACGAGUUAACACCUGGUGAUUCCUCUGACAAUGAUGAUCUGGGCAGAAUUUUAGACUCACUAUCCAGAAUUGAGAAAAGUAUGCAAGAAGUCAUAAUAUCGAUUGAAGAGUUGAAGGAUAUAUCCACACUUCAGGAGGCUGAAAAACUUGAAAGAAAGUUCUUGGUUUUGUUUCACCAAGCUGUUACAGUGACUACGGCAAUAAAUAAUCUAGGUAGCUUGGCUUCCAACUCUACUGGGCAACAUUUGCAACUUCAGACUGAACUAGCUAACAUGAAGAAUAACCUGAAGAAUGUUCCUGAUAUGCUGGUUCAGCUUCAUUUGCUGAUUGUAGGGAACAGUAUAGUUUCUGGGAAACGCUCUGUGGGUUUGGGAUGUAGCUUUAUUCAGUUUACUCUCACAAAAGUAACAACAAUCUCAUCAACUAUUUACAACCUUAGAAACACCCUGAAUCAAAUAAACAGCUACAGAGAGUCUCUGAUGAGACUGCAGGUAUAUGCUUUCCAGCUCUACAAUGGCACUUGUAUUGACACAGAAGUCCUAUGCCGUGUACAGUUGGAACAACUAGAUAAUCGUCUGACAGAUCAAAAUAAGAGUUUCGAAGAAUGCACUCCUCUGCAACUUACUCAUCUCGGCCGAAAUCAAAAUCUCAACAACACUUACAUCAUCCAUCCUGAAUCUAAACAAGUUCUCUUCAGCAUCCAGCGAUCAUCAAUUAUUGUGGACGGUGUGAUGGACUGGGACAAGGUUGAUGAGUCACAAGACGCAGGACUGAAGUGCCCAGAUGGAAACCACAGUGAAAUUUGGUCCCUCCAAAAUGCUGCCAUACACGGUAGAAGUGGAUACUACCUGAAACAGAAGAGCGGCUGUUACUUAGGGUUUGAUCGUGCAUUUUUGAACUUUGAAAAGACUCUCCCUUUGUUUUGGACACAAUCUGACAGCAUCGACAGAAAGGAAUUUCUAAUUUGUUUACCUCUCAAGUCAUCUGAUCUCGCCAGAUUUAUCUUGCUCCCAUCCGCUGCAGAGGCCAACACCACCUAUGACUUAAAAGAAGUAGAUACUGGCAAGUUCUUGAAUGUACAAGUGAGGAAAACAAGUAUUCAUUAUAAGAUAGAUCGCCGGCUUAUUUUGGUUCUCUUCCUGAGCACACAUAAAUCUAAUUCCUGGAUGAUUGUUCAAGAUCAUGACAUGUCAUGUGCAGAAUCAACGACUACGAAAUUGGAUGACCGAGACAGCAACCUUUUAGUGAUCAUAAUCACAUGCGGGACACUUUUGAGAAAUGCAUAA